AUGGCAGCCAACGACCAUCUGUUUGAUGCAUUUCCGGCAACUACCAAAGAACAAUGGAUACAACAGGUUAUCAAAGAUCUGAAAGGCGGGGACUUUAAUACCAUCCUUAACUAUACAUCACGUGACGGCAUUGUCAUUCAUCCUUUCUACACGGAGGAAGACCUGGCAAAGUAUUCAGAAAGGAAGCCGCUCUUCUCACAUACAGACUGGGAGGAGGGCAUUGGCGAAUUUGAUACACAACUCAGUUCCUACCUGUCUGCUAAGAAACUGGACCGGUCUACAUUAAAUCUCAUCGUCAGCUAUGACCCCAUCCACCAACUGGUAGAGACAGGCUCCGGGCUGGAAGCAGCGGAACAAGCUGCUUUUAUAAAACAUAUCAACAGCGCUAAGGACGCGCGUAAUUGCUGUAUCAACGGUGCUAUCUACCAUAAUGCGGGCGCGUCUCCGGCUUAUGAGAUUGCCUGCAUCGCUGCUCAUGCCAAUGAGUAUUUUCAAUGGAUGGAAAAGCCUGGCGUUCCGGUGCAGGUACAGGUAUCAGUUGGUCCCGAUUACUUUUUUGAGAUCGCUAAGCUGCGGGCCUUAAGAAAGGUAAUGACAUUGCUGGCGGCGGCUUAUGAGACGGAGAUGGACAUCAGCCUCCAUGCCGAAACGGCCACCCGCAACCUCACUUUAUAUGAUACGCAUAACAACCUGCUCCGGACAACCACGGAAGCGAUGGCGGCCACGAUUGGCGGCUGUAACAGCCUUGUGCGUACCCCAGAGAAUACCACCGAUGAGCAAGCCUGUCAUCUGAUAAUUGAGGAUAGAGGUACUCACCUCGCUUACCCGGGCAUCCGUAAGCCCUAUGGAUUUAAGGCUUUCUACCCGGAUCUGGGUAAAGAGCAACAGGUCAUAUAUAUCAACAAAAUAGCCAAGUGCUGCUACCAGAACAGGAAUGCUAAACAGACUGAUCGUCUUUGA